GAGUAAUAGCGGCCGUUGUCCUGUAAGAGCGCGCGUCUAAAAGCCUCAAGGUGAUAAAAUAACGAACAAGAUAAUGAAAGUGGCCUCCUCGAACUCAGUGAUACGACCCUUUUUCUAACGAAGGUCUCGAUGGCGGCCAAAUUCGUCUCCUGUCUGACAAUAUUCUCGUCUCUCGCGCUGACCUCCUGUUUUCAAAUGAACGGCCCCGCCCUACUGACGAGAAGGUUGCCAGACAGUAAUUUUCAUCUCCCCGCCAUACUUCAGAUGCAAAAGCGCCACAACGCUUUACAGAGAGAUUUGGUAAUAUCAACUCCAUCAAGCUCAAUUUCUGAAGCGAUAACGGAAGCAGAGAGGAGAGUUGAGGAUGCACUGUCUGGAAGAAAGGAAUUAAAAAAAGAGGAAAAUGGCAUCAGAAUAUCUCCAACGGGCAAAGCUUACGCGGAUCUGAAGGAAGGAAGCAAACCGAAGAAGAAGGAUUUUCAUUCCUCCCCUGCUUCAUUUCGCCAGUUGAAUCAAGCCUCCUCAGAUUCCAGUCCUUCAUCACAUCCCACAAGAAGGAAUCACCAAUCCCAACUUAAUACACACUCAUCGAACAAACAGACGUCAAUUCCCGCCUCGAAGAAAACGGAAUCACCCUCUCGUUCACAUCCUCCUGGUGUCACGCUGUCUCCCGUGGCCAAGAAUUCACGCGUGCUUGAAGUCGCCGAAGAUUCGGCGCAUCAAAUUUCCAAUAUUUACGAAAGUCGAUCGUUAGAGAGAUCGGAUGAAGAUGUGACGAAGAAAGCGCAUGAAAUUGAUGCUUAUGUCACAGAUGGGAGCACAAAGCAGAACGAUGAAGUUCACUUCUUCUGGACAUGGGAGGCGGUCGUGAUCGUGAGCAUCCCUGUGUUGUGCAUUGCUUCCCUGCUCAUCAUAGGCUUCCUGACGAGGACUCGCUUGGGCGCCAGGCUCUACUGGUUCCUCACAUCCAAGCACAAGUUCGACCUCGAGAUGUCGCGCCGGAUCAGCCAUCACCUGGAGCAUCCGCACGUCUUCAGGAGCGCUGAGGCCACGACCGACCAGGGGGAGCCCAGGGACGGCGGAGAAAACGGGGGGUGCGUGGCCGUGGAACUCAGGUACAACUCAAGCAGUGACAGUUUCGUGUCCUACUACGGCAGUCUGGGAAGCAGGGACAGUUUCGACAGCCAGUAUAGCAGUGAGGAAAGCGGUUCCUGUCAUAACGUCGGGAGCAGCAGGAGUAAGAGAAAGCAGAGGAGGGCUGGAAGGAAAAGCAGUGUCAGCAGUGAAGCGAGCAGUGCCAGUUACCUUAGCACAAGCAGACGAGGCAGCCAGGAGAGCCAGAUGAGCUUGCCAAGACUCUGGGGCGGCCGACGGAAGGGCAGCAACGACAGUCAAAUGAGUAUAGACAGCCAGUUCAGCGCACACAGGCGAGGAAGCACAGAGAGCCAAAGAAGCAUAAUGAAGCUCUGGUACGCUGGACGAAAGGGAAGCAGCGACAGCCAGAUCAGCAUCGACAGCCAGUCUGUCGUAAGCAGACGAAGCAGUUUAGACAGUCAGAGGAGACAGAUAGGCACUGACAGACACAGCAGCAUGGACAGCAGCUACGGAAGCAUGGACAGCCAAGGGAGUAAAGAAGGCCUUGAUAAUUUCGUAGGCGGAGCACGGACGAGGAGAAGAGACAGCCCAAGACAGCUCGAAGCCUCCUUGCAAGAAAUGGCCACAUAUUCUCAGGCACGAGCGAGGAGCCUUGACUUGGGUGAAGAAAGGAGGAUGUCGAGAACCCUGUCCCUUAUACACGAAGAACCUCCAGUGUAGAGUAAAGCAACAGUGACAGUCUUAGUACUUGGGGAUCGUGGUAAUAGAUGUCAGUAUAAAAUGACGAUAAUGAGAAUGACCUCCAACACUAAGUAGUGUAGCACCUAGUAAUCACAGUGAUAAUAGUGAUAGUAUGAGAUAAUAGUAAUGAUAAUAGCCACCGACGUAUUGAAUAGUGAUGAUCAUACGUGUAUAUAUGUCUUAAGAUAUACGAAUGGGUUUCCUAUUUUUAUAUGCAAGAUCUGUAAAACUGGAAAUGAAUAUGGUUAUUUAUAUAGUUUAUAAAGUCGUGUUCUGUA